AUGAGAUAUGCAUACCCGGAGGAAAUUAAAGAAAUCCGAAUUUUUGGCAUAAGACUCGAACCCACGACCUUCCGAUCAGCGUAUUGGAUGCUCUACCAGUGUGAUAUGAGGGACUGGUGUGAGGCUAUCCGUCUAACCACGUCCAUGGUGACAAACGUCCAGCAUACUGCUUCGACAAAAAUGAUGAAUGUGAUGCUUUUGCACAAUGAUGAUGUAAAUGAAGACGGUAGAUGUUAAGCAUGGUUAUUUACCUUAAAGAUGACGUAAUGAUGGUGGAACUCUUUCACAACACAUUUGCUGAGGGAUUAUAGAUUUCUCAUAGAGUCACGUUCUUGUCUAGUUUAUGAGGACACUAAGAUAUUGCUUUAUUAGCUCUCUGUAAGUCAUGUUUAUUUCUUGCAUUUGCAGCCAUUAUGAUACCAUCUGAAUCUUCUGCAAAUUGUCCUGUAGAGGCUAAAUUCUUAUAUUUUUAGCGAGUGCUUCUAAGUUCACAGAGGAGCAAUCUAGUGACUCUUUGAGGACAAUUUUUGAUUUACGAGUGGUAUCCUCAAAGAUACUGUCAAGCCAAUUGUAUGGUGGGAGGAAAACUGGCUCAACUUCUUUUAGCACAAACAUUAAAAAAACAAAAGAGCAAGAAUCCAGAUGCAAUAUAGUUUUCCUUAUUCUUUAAAGAACGACGAACCAUGACUUGGUAUCAAAGGAACACUUUUUCCCACCUGUGAUUUCUUUGAUAACAAGUCAGACAGAGUAUAUAUGUUGUUAAUGAGUGACUUUAUUAAGGUCAGUUCGUUCCUGUGUCCAAACAUAGAAUUACUUUUCUAUAUUAUUUGUUUCUCCUUGAGAAUUUGGUUCACAAUACUGACCAAUUUCGUCACAAAGAGUGAGGAAAUUUGAACAGGAAUAUCGGUUCUACGGCAAUCCAUCACAUUGUUACUUAUGCAGUUCUAUUCACCAAUAAUGCCUGGACGUGUAGGUUGAUUAUCGGAGAUUAUUAAUCGUUUAAUAUGGAGCUUAAUGUUAUGAGGUUUGUCUCUACAUCAGAUUUCGAACAAAACUAAGUCAGUACGCCACCUACAAAUCACGAUAUUUUGCUUUCGGAUCUUCGUCUGAUAAAUGUUUAUUUUUGGUAAGGCGACGGCUAUGAUAAGAUGGAGUGCUUUCAGCCCAGAGAAAGUUUGAGCUAUCAUUUCAUUAUCAUAGGAAACGGCCAUUACAUUUAUAUAUAUUCGAGGAAUGGCAGUCCAAGAGAUAAAGCAAGACUUAAGAGUCCCUUGAUGACUGGUACGCAGUGUAUGACGUUCUACUACAAUUUCUACGGCCAAACAAUGAGUUGCGUUAUUGUUUACAUCAAAACUACUGACGGUACUGAGAAAGUUGUGUGGAUCAAGUCGGGCCACUGGGGAGACCGCUGGAUCAAAACACAGAUUGAGAUCAGUGAAGAGAAGGCCAGCUAUCGGGUUAGUUAUCAAUUCCCUUCUCCUAAAUUUCUGUUUAAAUCCGAAAGGACUAGAAGUGCCAUGACCAGAGUAUAGCUGAUUACUCACCCCACACUAAGUAGGUGAUAUGAACGAUACUUAGGAAACUGUAAAUUUCCCACAGUAGGCUAGGCUGGUUGAAGGGUAUUAGGGCAGUACUGGGAAUUCGAUAUACAGUUUCAAAAUCACACAUAGAGAAGAAUAAGUGGAAAAUGAUCAAUAAGUUGCAGGUUUAGAGCAGGAUUCUGACUGUCGCAUGCCAUGGUCAUACUCGUUGAGGGAGAUUUCUCAAAAAUAAAAGUUAUUCAACGAUUUUUGUGAAACUUUCUAUGGAUGUUCCGCACCAAUCACUGCUUCGAUUAAAAGAAUGUAGGUCACUAUGCUAACAAGAUAUGAUGGGCCAAUGUUACUCCACUCAUGCCUGUCAUAGCACUAAUCAAGAGCGAUAUUCCAUUGGUUUAUGGUACAUUUGCGGCGUCUGUAAGAAAGAUUUUUAAAAGUUAUGAUUAAACAAAGCAGUUGACCAUAUGAAACCAUCUAAUAUGUGGAAAUAUUUCACAAUUUUCAAACGAAAUUGACGAAAACCGUUCGUCGAGUCGUUGUUCUCAGCUUCAAAAGUUGCAUCCCACUUAAGUUAGUCUCUUCAAAGGAGACUCAUUUUCCCAUUAAAAUUCUGCAGAAAAAUGCAAGUUACCGCGCUCGUUUGAGAGCGAAAGACCAUCUUCCUAUCAAACUCGUCCAUUGAAAGUGAGAAAAGCACUUAAAGGUGAUAUUAUCUUUCCCGUUUCCAUAAUGGUUACAAGAUAAUGAAUGGCCUUAUGGUCAUACGCAAAAGCAGUGAGACGAUAAUAGGUGAACCUGGCUUUCAAUAAAGAAAUGCUUUUUUCUACAAAUGAUGACCUAGAGGAAAUGCAAAAUUUCCAGGGCGGUUUUUUUUUUCAUAAAUUAGAUCAUUGUGGAGGGAGUUAGAGGAAGUUUGCACCUUGGCGACGCAGCCUUGGACCAGUUUCAUUUCAUAAAUGGAUCAUGCCAGCAAGGUUUGUAGAUGACCGCUUUGGUAUUUUCUAAAUCAAACGACAAGAAAGGAACACAUAUUUCCAAAACUAUAAUCAGUCACACAUUCCCAUUGGAAAAAAUUACUGAGUCCAUUGAACAUACCUCGAAAUCUAAAGCGUGCAAGAAUUAGACGACAAAGAGUACCAGAAAAUAGAGAAAAAAAGUUUGUUUCGCAAGCGGACGGCUGAGCAUACGUUUUCUGUAUGCUUCUCAAGUUAUUAUCGUCCGCACUGAAAAACCGACUGCACUUAAUUGUUCCUUACUUACUGGCACUUAACUCAUACGUAGUCGAUACUAAAAUGAACACGGUUUCAACUGAAAGUCAUCUCUAAGAGUAAGAAUCACCACAAUUUGAGAUGAAUAAUGCCUUUUUCAGCCCGCCCUGUGUUUCGCGUCAUGUCAACGAGGGAAGACAACAACAACAUUUAUCGCGUGCAUGCAGUACCAGCCCACGACCAAUGGCUACACAUGUUCUCAUUUACAACUGGUCAAAGCCGGUGCAAAGAAAACGAUACCAUGUAUUUCAUUUAUCCUCCGUCCAGAUCCGGAAAGUCAAUCAUAUCCUCAACCCUUCAUCUCAAUGACUCUGACCGUUUUCCAAAUGAUUUCUUCGUCGCUGGAAGAAAUGAACACACCAAUGAUAUUUUUGAGUUAAACAUAAAUUCUAACAUUUCCAAUAAGAUAACCGUCUCAAACCAAUCAACCGACUGUUGCUAUUCAGCUCGGACAAGCAGAAUUCCAGUUAUACUUCUUCCGGGUAAGUUAGCACUAGCUGCAGCGUGUCUGGCAUUUGUCUAGGAAUUCUUUCUGUGCGACAUUCCCGCUGUUAGAGUUGUAAAGUAAAAUCCAGAUCAUAACAAAAUAUUUUAAGCACUUGAUAGAAUGUUUACGUUAUAGCAAAGUUCGUUGAUGUAAAUGUGACUUCGGGAUUCUUUUCCACACAUUUGGUUCUGUUUGGAAAGAUGGAAAUUGUUCAUUUGUAGAAACCAAAAAAAGUGAACGGUGCUUUUUCUUCGUUCUGAUUGAGAAUAUCUGAGGUGGCCGGGAAAGCACAAUUUCCCAUUAAACAUCCCGAGAAAAAAAUAAGAUAGCUCCUUCGAUCUCCUAUUAAUUUCUCGUUUGGUAUGAUUGCAAAGUUCCUUUAAUCAUUUCUUCCUCACUUAACACUUUUGAUUUGUCUAUUCCAAUAAUGCAUUUUGUCGAAGAGAGUAACAGAAGCUGUUAUCCUGGCUGGAAAGCUGUCGGAUCGACUUGUCUUCGUUUCUUUGUCAACACGAGAAGGACCUGGGACGGCGCUCGUGCAUUUUGUCGGCGCCUAGGAGGAGACCUAGCAUUACCAAAGAUGUCUGAGCCUUUCAGUACAACUUUGACGGAACUACUUAUGCUCUUGACCAACGCAGAGACCGACCUUUAUGUUGGAUUUCUUCGAUCGAGGCUCAGGGUUGGAGCUGACAAGUGGAUUUGGAACGACGGAAAGACAGUGGACAGGCAGCAGUUUAAACGCGGUUAUCCGCUAUACGGUUUAAUGAAAUCGUGCGGCGCGUUGAGUAAGGAUGACAUGAAGCUUUUGAAUACUGACUGUAGCAAUAUGAAUGGAUUCAUAUGUGAAAGCUACCAAGGUGCGUUGAGCAACUUCCAACGUCAUUUAAACCAUAUGAAAAUAGAGUUCUUAAGCAUAAUGUACAAAUAAAUUGCUAUAAGAUUCCCAGGCAAGCAAAGUUUUUGCCACUGACCUUUCAUGUGUAUGACCUGAAGAUCAGUAAAUAAAAAAUGUUAUGAAACUAAUCUUCUAUUCAUCUUCUUUAAUUCAUGAAUCUGAUGAGGGUAAUGACUUCAAACAUUUAGUCUCGCAGUAUUUUCACCUUUUGAAAAAUUUCACGGCUUAAAUUGAUUUGUUUCCCUACUCGAAACAGUGAAUGUGAUCAAGUAUAAAACUGAUAGCAAUGACGUUUUUGAGGGAAACGUCUCAAUGACAGCGGCGGACCAGUCUCAGUUGUUUGGUCCUUUAUUCCAGAGAGAGGUAACCUCCAUUUCUUAUUUCAAUUAAUUUUUCUCACAUGUAACUGAGAUUUGAAGUGAGUUUUAAGAAUUUUUGCUCGUUUGCUUGCAUAGGGAAGCGCCCGGAAAUGGAUAAUUACACUUACCAGGCGGAUCUGGGUAUUCUCAGCUACAGUAGACAUGUUUAUCAGCUGCUGUGAUCAACAUACAAAAACGACAAAGUUGUUAGUAUCUGAUGGAAACAUGUUUUACACAGAGUGUGAAGAAACUGCUAUCGUCAACCAUCCGCCUACUACUUUUGCGUUUCGAUGUACACCACCAAGGAGCGGUACACAGGUCCUAUUAGAGCUCCUUGACCAUCAGUGGAAUCCCCCCAUCAAUAGUGUUGCGGUGUCUGGCUUCGGUAAGUUAGACACAUACAGAGAAGUGUAGUUUGUACGUCACUAGUUGGAGAAGACUUCUAUGACUGUUGGAUCGCUGUCCUUUCAAUUCACCAUCAGUUGCUCCUCCUGAGAUCACACACUAAGAUAGGUCACAUACCCGCAUUGGUCAGACAUGUACAUAUCAGACUUUUUCUCAUGUAUUGCUAGGAUUAGUAAUGUCAAAGCGUCCGGGUGUGUCGCGCAAGAUGAAGAUCACGAGUACAUCAGUUUUAAGUCAAAUCGCCAUGAGAGUGUGAGGACAAAUAUAUUUCAGGAUUCCUGGGGAAGAUUAAUACCACCAGACAUCCGAUUACUUAAAAAAAUUUCUAUGGAAAAUUUCUAGUACAUAAACGGUCAUGACUUAGAGUACUGAAUAAGAAAACACGGUAAUAAAUUAAUAGACUUUCCUGUUGUGAUACCCUUGCUCUAUCGAAGGUAGAGCCAUCAUGGAAGAAGGGCUAAAGAAUAAGUUUAGCAAAGCGAAAUCUCAAAACUUUACUGGUCUAAUAACUCUUCACAAAGAAUUUUUUUAUCAGGGUUCACUAAUUCGUACUAUUACUGACAUAUCAGUGUUUGUCCCUCGAUUAUAUUAUUUGUAAUUUAAAUUGUGAUGUUUCGACUGCACAAUGCAUAAACAUCAACUUUUUAAAACAAAAUGUAUGGAAUAAUCACGUGGUGGUUUACAUCAAAGGUGACCACACUGUUGGAACACUUUGUUUAUUCACAGAUUAAUACUGUAGAGAAGAUUAGUUUCAGACGAGUAUGUUUUGAUUGACAAAUAACGCUUUCAAUUAGUUGUCAUCAGUAAAAGUUUUGUUCAUGUUGCUAAGCUAGACUCCUCAUGCAAACCUUUCCUUGGCAGACUCUAUUGGCAAAGCUCAUGGAACUAGUAGAGAAUUAUGGUAUAGGUACGUUAACACUGAAGGAUUUGCCACACUUCGCGAGAAUCCAAUUUUUGAACAGCCACCGGAUGGAUACACAACGACAUUUAAUAUGUCUGCCGCAUUUGAAGUCAGCGACAACUAUGGUGAACGAUUGACGGCUUACCUGAAGGUACUCUUCAUGUAGGACAAUUUGUCAAGAGGUGUCAUUACAACAUUUAAAUAAAGUUCGGAAGUUGUUAUCCUAACUGAUCUCAUUAGCCUUACGAACCGUUUCAAACCUUUACCAAAAAUCAUGGAAGAGUGUCUAACCUCAGCUAAUUCUUCACAUUGAAGGUCAUUUUACCAAAUAUUGACGAUGGGCACACUUUCUAUUUGCUAGACUUUACGUGCUAAUGACAAGUAAAACGACACAUUUAGGUGUAAAUAAGCUAAAUCGACAACAGUUUCCUUUUGCCUGGGCAUUUAAGUUAGACAUCAAGCAUUAACCACACAAACAUUUUCUGAAACCCACUCGUCUUUACUCUUAAGGUACCGAAGAGUGGGAACUAUACUUUGUCGUUGUCUUGUGGAGAUGAAUGCGAAUUGUGGUACACAGAAUAUCACGAAGAAGAACUAUCAUUUGAGGAAAAGUUACCUUCCAAUUCGGGAAUAGUUGAGACCAUGUUGAUACAGUUACGCAGAUGGACAAUUUACGACGAGCCAGACAGGUGGGGCUUUACCGAGCCAUUUGAAUUUUAUGUAUGCAACGUCAUAUUUGACGUAAUUGUGUACUUUUGGUAUUCUAGAUGCCUGAGGAAGGAAGCCAAGUCAGGGGUGUACCUAAAUAAAUGUCGGUUAUAUGCACUGCAAGUGUAUAUGAAGGACGAAAUGCAAUUUAAAUGUUUAUCUGUUGGAAUUAGUGACCAGACAUUUAUAAAGGAAGAACCUAUUCAAGGCAAUCAUCUGUAUGCAUUUCCACCUGGUGAGUUUUAUUUAAAGUGGAAUUCCAGAAUUUACUGCGUUUUAUGCCGUGGUCUUGAGCGCUUGACGUGUGGAAAUAUCUUUCUCAAACGUUAAAGAACAGCAGCCUUCAUCUUGGGCUCAAAUUUGUAAAACUAUAAUUUGACGGAUAAUCUACCUAUGCAGGUGACAUUUACUCAAUUGUAUCGUUUGUUUUUGUCCUUUAAACAGGAAAAAGAACCUUAAGUUUUACCAUUCUGCAACCAGAUUAUAUCAAUGCGAAAGUAUUAGCUCUUGGAUCCGUUUUACGCAUUAGGGGCAAGUUACAUAUUCUUCUUGUAUUUUUCUUAUAGAGAGCAUGAAAGCAAGAAGCUCAUGUCCAUAGGUUUAGAGUUUUGUUAAUGAAUUCAUAUUUUUGUAUAACAUAAAACGUUACAACGGUCAUCCUUUUAUCAGUGAUAACGUACUAAUGGGCGGACAAGCCAACCGAUUCAUCGACCUUCUGACUGUUUGACUGACUGAUUUAGGGCUAACUUAAAAAAUUAUCCUAAAGACAGACCGAACUAAGACCAGUCUGGACUUAUUAAAAUUAUUUUGUUUUUAGCAUCGUACAAGUACUGUUGUCAAGGCAUGUACUGCCCAGAUUGUCCAUUAUUACUGGAGUUCCAUGCCUUUGGUAAUAAAUACCUUGUUAAUCCACAUGUCAACUUAACAUGCUCAGAAAACAUGUUCGAGAAAGAAAUAGAUGUAAUUGCUCAGCCUGGAGUCCAUUCCUUGAAGGUAUGGACAGUUGUAGACAUAUUGUGCAUAAUUUAAUGAGACUGAGCCAAAAUCGUUUGCGAUAAAAGAAACAGUCAUCCCAUCCCAUCGCAAGAAAUUGUACAUGCAUCAAAAGGUAAUUAGUCCGUGACUUUUAUGGAAAAGGAGAACCGGAAAUGAUGGAGAAACCUCCAUUGGGAAAAAUUAGAACUUAAACAAAUUUCAGCUGCAAAUGAAGCCAGAAUACAAAUUGUACUUUGGUGAUAAUAAAACCGGGGAUAAAAGCAGUCGCCGUCGUAGAGGUAUAUACACUUUGUGCAAUUUUCAUUUCCAACAUUUCUCUCCAUGUUGUGUUGUACUUUCAGUUCAAGAGGCCCAAGGCAGUCUGAGCUAAAUUAAUGCACCAUGUGGUGUUUAAUUUUGCGCCUAAGUUGGAAGCUAAGCUUGGUGCCUUCCCACAAAAGCCUCAUUAAACUGACUUGAAAAUAAAUUCCCAAUUACCAGGGCUUUAAAAUUAUUGCACAUUUCUAUGUUGAGUGAUAAGUUACGAAAUUGUUAAAAAUAUCAACUUUAACUGUAUUCAUAGAUUUAUUACUCAUUCACAAAUGACUCAACAGAGUGGAGGGGAAAACAAAAAGUUGCUGAUGUUAUGGUUAAAGGUUAGCAGUCGUCCAAUUUAUGAACUAAAAAGCGUUCUAUUUUUCGCAAUUAAAACUGUAUCUAGGUAAUUGUUUUUAUACUUAGAUUCAUGCCUUCUUCUGGACGAUGUAGUACUGAAAGACUAUUCUCAAUUUUCAUACAUUUCAGUUGCAACCAUUUCCAAAUUAGCAUCAGAUAACAUCCAAGAUUGGACACUCAACGGAUGGAUGGUAUCUGGUAAAAACAUAAAACAAUUUAUUGCAAGUUUCUGCUUUUGAUGAGCAAGUUCCUUGUAACCUUUUAGUAAACUCUUAUUUCCUUUACUUCUAGGAGGUGUUGGUAUGGUCAAUGAACUCCCUAAUGGCAAAAUAGAAAGCCCAUUGCUGCCAUGGAAACCAUUUUACAUGGACGUUGGGUUAUGCCUCCGCUUUAAAUUCACACUUUCUACUCAUUUUCAUCCUUCAUUGAAUGUGUUUAUUAAAACUCCACAACAAACAGUUUUGAUUUGGAAAUUGCGAGGCCACCAAGGGAACGAACCCAACAUCGCAACAGUCUCGUGGAAGCCGCUAGAGAAAAUUCAAGUAUACAAAACUUUUUAUUCAGCUGGUAUUGAAAUAUCACGUGACUGAUCUUUGUAUAAAAAUCCUUCAUUCACUGCAGUACUCCGUUGCUUUCCAGAUUAUUUUCGAGGUCCUUGGGUCUGCAAAUGGUACACCUAACAUAGUUGUCGACAAUAUUACAAUAACGACUGAAACAUGCGCACUGACACCAUCUCAUGCUUCUCCAGGUAAAAGAUUGCAAACCUUGUUUUCGUUACAUUAUAAGGAGCUUGUUCAGUGUUAGAAAUACUCUGACUUAUAGCGCAGGCUCACCGCUUCAUUAAUAUUAAGAGUCCUUCCUCAGGAGAGUGGUGAACCGCGCUUAAACAAUAACUUUUUGGAAGUUACAAAAUAUAAAAAUAUAUAAAACAGAGAUAUAUAGGGAUACGAGCAAUUUUCCCCUACAUAAUCAGAAAAUGAUAAGAAAUUCCUUACGUCGUUUGGUAAUGAAUAAUGUUUUUGAUAGAUUUUGCUUGCAGUCCAAAUGAUUAUCAAUGCGAUAAUGGUGAAUGUACAAGCUCCUCACAGCGCUGUGAUAACGACGUCAACUGUAUGGACGGUUCAGAUGAAAAGGGCUGCACUUGCCUAACUGUUGAGUUAUCAUGUUCGACUAGUAGCUGUGUUCCAUCUAAUAAACUGUGCAAUGGAUUCGAUGACUGCUCAGAUGGAAAAGAUGAAAAAAUCUGUGGUAAGCUCUCUCUACAUAUAUCAUUAUACUUUUAAAAAGGUACUUUCUUGCUGAAUCCACGAAAUUUAAACAUGUGCGAGUUUGCCCUGUUUAGUUUCGGGAGUCACCUCCUCGAGCCUUUUUAGUGCUUUAUUUUUAUUUUUUUAUAAGAACUAGGAGUGAUUAUCAUUCUCUUUAAAACACCUUUAAAUUUGUCAAAUGGCAAUCUGUUUAAGAGUUUGAAGAGAAAGAGCUGAAAAUGUUUCAGAGAUAAAUUUUAUUUUUCUUGCAGGAGCUACAUGCCCUAGUAACAUGUUUCAAUGCGUAGACGGGACGUGUAUCCCAUGGUCGUCCACUUGUCGCCGUUACAACUACCCGGUUUGUCAAGAUGACACACACCAACCAUCAAUUUGCAGUGAGUGUUUUAAGACAUGCGCAUGAAGACCUUUAAACUUUACCCUACUUUGGUUCACGGAACGUCCAUACAACUGAGCGGAAUGGUUAAAAUGACAGAAUUUGUUAAAAGAUGUAAGCGAAUUUGCUCAAUAAUGUACUAUUAAUUCCACAGCAGCCAAUGAUUGUCCGCUGAACAACCUCAAAUGUAAAGACAACAGCUCCUCAAGGAAUUGUGAUAAGUACUUUAGAGGUAAACAAACUUUAUCAUCGUGUAUACAACUGGCUGAUUUCCAUAAUUCAAAUCAUAGAAACAGUACACAACUCGGGGAAACUGCUAUGAUUUUUUGCAAAUAAAGACGUGACAUAAAUGCAAAUGAAUUGCUAUCAGCAUUUUUUGUACUCUUCCUUUAGGUCACUGCAGUUUUGAAAACGGCUUUUGUGGACUGAAACAUGACAAAAAUACUGAAUCUCAGUGGCUAUUGAAUUCUGGAAAGACCUCUUCGGCGCACACUGGUCCAAGUUAUGAUCACACCACAUUUUCUGAAAAAGGUAGGUUAUCCUGGUCUAGCCUCUUUCAUCACAGAGGGGAAGCUUCUUUAUGUAAAUGUACUCAUUGUUUUUUAAGGUGCCUACAUCUACAUAGAAGCCUCAAACCGUCUCCAUGGUGAUCGAGCGCGUCUGACAAGCGAUUGGUUAAAGCCGAAUAAGAUUAUUUGUCUUCAGUUCUGGUAUCACAUGUUUGGCAAACACAUAGGAGAGCUGAUUGUUUACAUGGCUACUCACAGUUCGGAAACGAUUGUUUGGCAUGUCUCAGGAAACCAAGGAAACUCUUGGUUGCUGGCAAAGACGACAUUACAAGCUGACAGCCGUUAUAAGGUUUAGUUGAUGACACAGUUAGAUGACCAAAUCUCAUCUUACGCCUGUCAAUGUAGUGAUAUCGAAAAAUGCUGAAUUAGUUAAAUUUUUUUUAAAUUUAACAAUUUCUCUUUAAUUUUCAACUCAGUGAACUUUAAUAUUUUAUUUAGUUUAUCCUAGAAGGAGUUUCUGUAGAGGGAAAUGAGGGAGAUAUAGCCAUAGAUGACAUCACAGUCCUGGAUGAAAGCUGUCACACAAACAACAAAUGGGGUAAUGGAAUUAAUUUAAGUCCAGUCUUACCCUAUGUAGAUAUACAGUGCAAAAGAUCUCUCCAUCACACUACAUCUAUGCUCUUUCAAAGCUGGUUUUCACCGGCGACAAAAUCGGGGUCAAAUACAAAAUAACUUAAUGAAAAUCAGAUAGCCACUUCUUUUAUAAUCUGAACUAUAUUAGGAAACGCCGGCAAAAACGAAAACAUGAUAAACAACAUGAUAAAAUACUUGAAGAAAUAAAAACUUUCGAUUCUCGCUACUAAGAUUCUGGGUGGCUUAUGAUGAUGUCGUACUUUUGUGUUGUGCAAACUCUAUUCUUACAUCUAAAAUGUUUAGUUUGCAUUACUAUAGAUCCACACUGCUAUUUUGACGACAAAAUAUGCAACUGGGACAUGGAUGGAUCCUGGUUUCUGAAAGAACUCAGCGGAAGCCGAAAAGGUUUUUAAAAUUUUCCUUUUUGUCAAAGCCAUGCAGGAGAUGUCAGUGGAACUAAAACUUUCCUCUGUCAUAUAAUGUAGAUAUGGGUCACCCACAUCUACGUCCAAUGACUAAUCAGCGAUUCGACAAGUAGCUGGUUCCAAACGUAGGAAAAAAAAAGCCAUGUGACUUUCUCCUCUAUGAUUAUCAUUUGAACAUUUCUCAGUGUUAGAUGUCCUUUUAUCUUUGGUUUGUUUUCAUGCAGAAUAAUAACCUGAAUUUUUAUUGCAAAUAAACUGGAAAAUUGAGGAUGAUUUAUUGAGUAGUCCUAUCGUGCAAGUUCAAACUGUCAUUUUCAAUUGCAUUGAAGUUCCUCACGAUACAUCGUCAUUAAAAGGGCUGGGAUAAUUAACAACUAUUCACCUCAGUGUCGGUGGCUAGUAUUGAAAACACUAGGGAAUAUUUCUUUUAGUAUAUACUAAAACAGUUGGAAAAAAUAGCGCAAAAAGUGAUUUUAACUCAUUUAUUCUUUCAACGAUUACAAUAUAUUCAGGCGCAAAUCCCGCGCGAGUAGUUUAAAGGUGAAUAGCAGAGGAUAUUCAGAGUUUGAGUAGCCAAUCAGAGCGCAUCUUCAACAUUAUUCACUUUUUUAGUGAAUACUAACGAUGAUUAGUAUUACAGGCAAGGGUCUACUCAUAUAAAUGUGCAAUAUUUACAUAGACAAAAAAAUGUUUCAACAAUAGUUGUUAUUCUGUAGGUGGCUUCCUUAGUUUAAGGCCAGAGGGCAAGACAGUAAAGGGAACAAUAACUUCCCCCGUGUUUAGCGGCAACGAAUGGAAGUGUAUGCGCUUCUGGUACAGAAUCGAAUCGGGACGUGACGUCCAAUUAAGAGUAUUCCUAAAUGUAUCAGAUGCAUUACAACAGCUUUGGACAACAUCUCAUAGAAAAACUGGUUGGAACUUUGUUCAGCUGCCAAUCGACGCCGAGGGAACAACCCAGGUGAAUAUUAUGUACAUAAACCUCAUUCUUACUACUCAGACGUUUAUGGCAGUUUCGAAAACACAGUGUUUAUUUGCCCUACCAGAUACUGGGUAACAACUUAUCCAACGAGAACAAGUACCUUGACCGUGUUUUUUCAAAGAACAACUACAACGAAGACUUCAUCCAACGUAACACUCAGCGACCUACUACUACUACCGAAACUAACGACAACGUAACUCCUACGACUACAGAAACUAUACCGUACAUAAAGGGCAUAUCUGAGAACAUCUCGCACAUCCCACAACCAUUCAAUUCCAGAACCGGAUGCUGAACAGUUUUUCUCUAGAAUCAGUCAUUACUCUCUUAUUAAUUGUUCGUACUCUGAGUCACGGCUUAUCUCACAAAGACCUCCUUUUAUUGUCAGAUCGCAAUAGCCGGUACAUGUCGAGAAACUUCUAUUGAUAUCGAUGAUGUAUCCUUCAGUAAACAGCGCUGUAAUGAAAUACCAUGGGCUCCCUAUCAGGGUAUGUAUUAGACACCCGAGAUAACUUUUGCCUGGUUUUACGACACUCAACAGAUCCUAAUGAGCGUGAAUUAUUUCGGCUGACGUGAUAUUAUAGAUUAUCAUCAGGAAGCUUUCUUACAGCGAGAGAAGGGAAAAGAGCCAAAUUUAACUGUUUUGCUGCUCUUGUUCAAGAUAAUGUGAAAUGUGUGAGUGUAACCAGGUAACACGAGUAAAAUAUCUGGAAGUUCGUGUUAUAUUUCAAAUAGCAGGUUACGGAUUAACCUUCUAGUACAGAAAAAUGUAACGAACGACGUCACUUAAUAGAUUGUGCUGGUUCCAUUGUUCAUAUUUUUACUAUUUCUUGUUUAGAAUUUCUUCCUCCUUUACUUCCUGGCUGUCUGAGCCCUCUUGGAAUGCAAAACGGCCGAAUAUUGAACUCUGCAAUAACAGCUUCAUCUUACUACAGAAGAAGGUCGGCUCCUAACAGAGCGAGGCUUCACAUGGCUUUACCUGAUAAAUAUAUCUCAGGUGGUUUCACAGGGGGCUGGUGUCAGAAUCCUAGUUCAAAGUACCAGUGGCUUCAAGUUGACUUUGGUUUCAUAGCAAGAGUAGGCAAGGUUGCUACUCAAGGAAAACAGGAAUUUGAUUUCUGGGUUACAAAAUAUUUCCUAGCUUAUAAACGAGACAGUAAGAGAAAGCGGUUGCUAUAUCGACAACAUGGAAACGUAAAGGUAGGACGAUUGAGAUGUGUGGUUGUAUUUGGCACAUGAAAUGACUUACGCUUGUGCAGUUUAAUUAGCUGCAAAAUUUCACAAUCUUUCUGGUCCCAUCAAAGCCUGCGUGGCAAUAGCGCAUUCGAUUUAAUAACCGAGUGAAAAUCCAAUUUUAACGUAUGCAUCAUAAUUAGCGAUGUAUUCUAUACAAAACGAAUGUUAACCGUCACUGCUCUCCUGCAGGUAUCACAGCGACUUCAACCUCACAUCAGUAUUAAAAUUUUUACCAUUUAAAUUCUUAACGAUCUUUAAGACAAAAGGUUCAGUUGGACAAAACUUUUCAUGUAGUUGCGUUGUCUGCAAAUUUAAAGAUGCCGCUUUUCAGAACUGUAUUUUGAUAGCCGUACUUUCCUUAUCGCGCCCGUGCGCCGAGUCAAGACACGAGUAUCUCUGUAAUAAAUGAUUACAAACAUCAGUCUAUUCUCUAAUCAUUUGUUCGCAUAGCCCUGUUGGAUUUAAGGAGCUGUUAAUCAUGUUUAUGGUAUAUUAUUCAGUUUUUUACAGAAAAGCCCUGAACGGGAAGUCUUCUAAAAACCUGUCUUCUUCAUGUGAUAAUCUUUUAUCUUAAUUUGCUCUAUUCCUAUGUAAACCAAACAAAGUUCACAUUCUGAAUUUAUUUUUACUUGUAAUUCUGUAGAUAUUUGAUGGUAAUUUUGACCGACAUACAGUGGUAAGCCACCAUCUUGUCCCUCGUAUCACCGCCCAGUUUGUCAGAAUUUACCCAUACAGAUUCAAUCAGUUUGGCUGUCUUCGAGUUGAAUACUAUGGAUGUCCGGCUGGUGCGUUAUAUUUCAAUUCCUCUAGAACAAAGUUGAUUGGAAUACUCAAUUAACCAUAUUAUUUUUCCGUUGUUGUUUCCUUUUAUCUUUUUAACAGAUAAAGUUAAUAUCACUCGUGGAAUUCCGCUCUGUUAUGCUCCCCUGGGAAUGCAAAAUGGACAGAUACCCAACGCAUCUGUAACAGCAUCGUCAAACUUCGGCUCCGCUCACCGCGCGCGGCUGUACACCGUAGCAGAGGGUGGUAAACCUGGAGCCUGGGUGGCCGCCGUAUCAGAUACGAACCAGUGGCUUCAGGUGAAACCAUGCAUUGUUCUACCGUAAGCAUUUACGGAAACACAGCGACUCAUCCUGUUAGGAGAAUUUUGAAGUGAUAGUUGAGAGUUAUUCCGUAUCGCAUUGAUUUUACUCUAGUACGUUAUGUGAGAUCAUAGUAGUUGAAAGACAACAACAAAUUUCUUUACCAACAUAGUCUCAUUAUUUUAGUGCGCCUGCGUAGCACGUAUAAAGUAAAGGCUUGGGUUCGCGAGUAGAGAUAACAUCUGAGAGACUGUGAGAACUUAUGCGUGAUAUUUUCUGUCUUUUAUUGGGCAAAUCACCAUUUAAGAACGCCAGGACUCUUAAUAACUGAAGCCAUCGGACUCUUUGUCGUAUACAUAAUAUAAGACACCUUUCAAGAUAUUGGCAAUUUUUUUAUGAGCCAGUCUUUUACUUUGAAAAAGUAUAUCAUAAACGCCAAAAUUUUAUUUUUGUUUACAGAUCGACCUCGGAACUCUUGCCAUGAUAAAACGUCUGGAUACUCAAGGACGACACGGGGUUUCCGAAUGGGUCAGCAGUUUUACCCUAUCCUACAGUUCAGUGGAUAGCAACUUCAAAUUUUAUGCUCAGGUAUACGUGGAGAACAAUUCAUCUUAUUUCUCGAGUUUCUUCAAUCUAUGAAAUUUUUCCCCUUCAUUUCUGCAUUUGCCCAAUCAUUUUGCAGCUUAAAAUGGUAACACUGCGAUACAAUCACUAAGUGCACAAUGCCAGUUCUGCAACCCCCUUCCUCACCGUGUUUUCACAUGCCUUUCAGAUAGUUCUUUUUGCCCGCGUGUAAAAAAUGCACUUUCACACGAUGCAUUUACUGUAGAACCUGGACGGCGAUCUGUGACUCAAGACGAAAAAAUCUGGGUUUUAAACUAAGGAUUCCAACAGAGCGCCCAAGGGUUCUUCAGUACAUCAAUGAUACCUUUUUUAUUUAAGAAACUGUAUAUUUAAAUAUCUUGAUUAAAUUUCUAUAAAGAAACGAAAGAGGGAAAUUAACGAGGUAAAACAAACAAAAAAGGUCGUAACUUGCCCAAAAUCUUAGAUCUACAUUUAUAAUCUCAUUAUUCAGAUAUUAUGUAUUUGAAAUUUCAAUAAUAGUCACAGAGGAGGCUAAGCGUUUUAUUGCGCGGGAGUGGAGGGACUCAUCUGGCAACAAAUCCAUUGAUACUCCGUUCGCUACCGCGGUGUCAUUAUCAGCAGAUGAGUUUGACGAGGUUGUUGCUACUUCUUAACUUGCAAAAAUAGUCUUGAAAUGAAGGGUCGCUUAUAGUGCUUUAUUUCUGUUGUUGUUAGAUUUUUAAAGCUAACAGAAAUCAAAACACAAUAGCAGUAAACACAAUCAUCCCGUCCAUAUUGGCCAGGUUUCUUCGUAUUCAUCCUCGCACCUGGGUUAAUGGGGUGGCUUUGAGAAUUGAAAUCUACGGCUGCUUUGCAGGUGAUCUACUUUUAUUUAUUUGUUUUUGUUAUUUUUCAUAAAAACUGAAGUGCACUACGAAUUUUGUACAAAUUCUCUUCCUAUAGGAGCCACUAAUAUAAGCCAGACCAAUCCUAUAACUAGAAACGAACGAUAAGUUUUAUCACAAUUCUUUGCCAUCUUCGCUCGCUUUAGUACUCGGUACUUUUUGGCAAAAUUAAUUCAGUUAAUCAUUUUUACUUUCCCAUAAUGCACCGAUUGGUUAAAGUGAUCCCGUUAACAAUGUUGGACCCUGCAAGAGUCUUAGAUGCCGGCUAGCUGCAGUGUAAUACCUCCUCUUCAGUCAGUUUAAUCUCUGUGCACUUCUUAUAUUUUGUGGCGGAUAUUUAAGUAUCUGCUGGAUCUAGUGCAUGCACUCAAGGCGAAUUUAGUAAGUCAAAGCGAACAUAAGUAAGAAAGUGAUCUUGUCGGUAAACUUACAAUCUAUUGGUUAACAGCGUGCAUAAGUAGGUAUGUGAGUAGAUAACGUUAACGUUAUUCUUCAAUUCACAUGUUUUUUGUUUCUUUAAUAGUAAACAUGUAUAUCGAGAAGAUUAUAGACAAAGGAUGCUAUAAGGAUUAUACCGACAGAACCCUUGCGUUAUUGGAGACAACGAGUCCAUUAUUAGAUGGCAGUUAUAUGCAAAGGGCUGCUGCCAUAAGACGAUGUGCAAAGGCUGCUUACGAUUUGCAACUGAACGUUUUUGCGGUUCAAAACGGAGGGCAGUGUAUGGGAGGAAUCGGAACUCAUUUAAACUAUAACAGAUACGGAAAGUCUACCCAGUGUCAAGAGAACGGCCGCGGUGGACCAUGGGCUAAUCAAGUCUACGAGAUCAAAAGUAAGAAGUGGAAUAAGAGAAUUAUGGGACAAUCUUUUCAUAUGAAUGGCUGAUAGAAAUAAAAGAUUCCUAUUUCUCACUUUUUUCUGAGAAAAGGAAUAGUGCAACUGAUUUGACAUGUAAUCUCCUUGUCCUUGUGUCCUUUAAAGAUCACACUUUGAAACUGUUGGGACAAACCUAUUCAAAUUGGCAAAAUUAAGUUUAUUGAGUCUCAGAAAGGUACCUUGACGUAGGAAUAAACAUCUAACAGCAGCCAAUCGUCAAUCUCCAAGAAAUUAAAACUAAAAUCCACUCCAUUUUAAUUUUUUAUGAUUUUUAAAUGUUCUACUGUUGUUGUUGUUGUUGUUUUAUGUUUGUUGUUUUUGUUUUUCAUGUCACUUAUUAAAUCAAGCAGUCUGAGAUUUUACUCGUUUAUUUGACUAGGAAAGUGUAAUUCGUCAGAUGAAUGGUGUGAUUGGAUGAGCCAAAAUGAUACAAAAACAAGAUGGAGUCUGACGGAGGCGGCUGACUUAGUCAAAGCUAGCAAAGCCAUUGCAGAAUUUGCACAUAACUUUGUAAACAAGGGUAAGACAAAUAUUCCUAUUUGAAAAUUUGCUAUCUAGUGGUUCUUUGUUUCUACUUGCUAUUGACAUUAACUUUUCUGUUUUGGCAGAAAAUCUAAAUGACAGACAGUAUGUAUUGGAAACAAGCAAGAACAGGCCACAGCGAAUCACCACUCCGGUCUCAAUAGGGAAAAGCAUUAAUGCAAUGACAGUAUGUUAUUGGUUACAGGAUAACUUUGCUAUUUUCUCCCUGAAAUAUACAUCCGGCAACGACGCUGAGGAGACGCCAUCCUUCAGCUUACAUCAGAGUUUAGUUGGAGUUAAAAUGAAUGUCAAGGAAAGUGUUAUGUAAGUAUCUCUAUCCACUGCUUAGCUAUAAAGUGGGCGCACGUUGAUAGAAACUUUGACCUUCCACAACUCUUCAACAAAUAGAAGGCAUUUUCCCGGGUUUUCUGAUAAACUAAAUCUUCUUAUUGAAGGAACACUCAAAAAGCCUAUAAACCGUUUACCUCUCGAAUAGUAGUGGUGCAAGUGCAAAAUGAAGGCUAUUGUGUUUUUACUUAUAAGACAUCAACUUUGUUUCUGUCAUUAUUGAUACCAAAUGUGUACUGUCGGAAGGAAAUUAAUUUACACCCCUACGCAGGGGCUCUCUGAGUACGUCCCGUUCACUGAGUACAUUUAUUAUUUGGUCCUGCAAAACCACCGAACUUAUUUAAACUGAUGACAUUUCAAACACAACUGUCUAUUUCCGUAGUUUAUCACAUUUGUCCGUGGAGAGAAAUGUCUGGCAUCAUGUCUGUGCCUCAUGGAGUUCUCAAUUAGGAUUCUGGAAAAUUUACAAAGAUGGAAAGCUCUUCGAUUUUGAUAGAUGGCUUAGCUCCGAACAAGUAAUAUCUGGUGAGAUGUUACCAGAAGAAAUUGUUCUGAUAUUGUGCCACAGCUGAGUGCCACAGCUGAGUGCCACAGCUGAGUGCCACAGCUGAGUGCCACAGCUGAAUCCCAAACUUGGCCUGGAUGAUACUUAACCCAGAGGAAUUUUUUUUUCUGUUUAAAUGGUUAUUUUUGAGUCGUCAGAUCACGAAAUUCUGCCUCGUUGAACACAGAAACCGAUGAAGCCAAAAAUAGAAUUUGAACAGGAAAAAAGAGCAUGAUUAGUGAUGAGAGAUUUGCCAAUCAAAAUCGCAUAAAAAUUUGUAGCUGAAGAUGCAUGUGUGAAGCUGAUGAUCGUUGGAGGUGAACACAUACUUCAACUUCAAAUUCUCAAUAAUAUGGCUCUUUAAUUUGUAAUUCCAGGGUCAGGAGUUAUAACUAUAGAAUUCCAACAAGGCAAUCAAACGUUCUCAUCAAGAUUGACUGGUGUCAAUAUGUGGGACCAUAAUCUAGGAGUGGAGGAAGUAUAUCGUCUUUCUCUUGGAUGUGGACAAGAAUCAGGAAAUAUUUUUCGGUGGUUUGAUCUGAGGAAUAAAGUGGAUAUGACGGAGGACGAAAAGGAGAUAAAGGAGCCGGCUUGCUCGUAUCGUGAUGGUACAGGUCAAGUUUUCCUUCCUCAAAGGCGACGGUUGCUACCCCAAUUUUCAUUAAAAUAAAUGUGUACUUAGUUUUUGUUUCAGUUUUUGAGUUAGCAAUGGUUCAACUUUCAUGAAGUGUAAGUGUUCAGUCUCACUUGUCAAAGCUCACAAUCCGCCACAAAAUUUUCAAAAUAUUUCUUAGCAGAAGUUUUAUGUACUCUCUUGGAAUGAAGAGAGAACUAGCUCAAUGCGGCUGUGUAUUUUAUUGUGUUAAAAACCAAGACGCGUCAAACAUUCAAAUACCAAAUGUCAAAUAAGAUUAUUUGAAAUUCAAAAUUAAGUCCUCGACGUUUUUUUACAUAAAGUCGGUAUGAUUGUGUAAACCAAGUGUCAAACAGAAAUAGACCAAGCGGAAAACUAGAGUUUCUGCAACCGGAAUUUUCUGAUUUAAUACUGAUGCCCCUGCGUCUUCUUGCUCUCGCACAGCAUUUCACCUUUUUUGCCUUAUCAAAUACCUACUGCUAUAAAUGGUAAGAAAUUGUUAAUGUGCAGUUAUGUUUCGUAGAUGAUGCAAAGUAUUUAGUAAAAGCAAAUGUUUCUAUCAGGUGUUAUGGCAAUAGUAAGCCAUGGUAUUGCAGAAAGGGUUACCUUGGUGAGUCCGUGGAACAAUAGAUCAGCAGACAAAUAUGGAAGUUGUCUCAAGUUCAGGUUUCUAAUGUUUGGACCUGGUGCUAAAGGAUUGGAGAUUCAUCAACAACUUGAAGAAAGUCAGUGGCCGAUUUGGAAAGAUUCUGAUAACAUGGUUCCGUACUGGCGACAUGGACAAGUUUCUCUGAGUUCUCUUGCGAGGAGCAAGGUAAUACCAAAAAACCAGCACCUCGGCUUCCUUUCUCUUUGAAAAAUUUUAUAGGUUUACUAGGUGGUUCAAUGUCUAUUGCAUGGUUAGGUUGCUUUGUCAAACCAAGGAAAAAUUCAACGUUGGUUAUGUUUGGUCAAUAAGCAACCCAGAAUUCUUCUUAGAUUCUUCUUAAAAGGUCGCUCGCCAAACCGAUACCAACCACUGCGAUGAACUUGUAAACAACAAUUUGCGACCGAGUAUUGUGCCGAAAAUCUAUGCAGUAGUACUUAGAAUAAUCUGGGACGAACGACCAUACCUUUUUAUCCAAGACAUGCCCGUAUUCAAAUUUUAAUGAGGGUAGGUUACAUGUGUAUCACGGCGGUACUAGGCAAAUUGCAGUAUACAUUGCACACUGCAUCGUCAUCAGAGUAAAUGUCUAUUUUAUGACAUUACCUUGGACGAAGCAUGUAGCAGCUGCGAGAGUAAGGGUGUAUGGGUAGAUAAUAAAAAAAACAAAUCUUAUCUCGAAUGACGAAAUUCACCGAAUUCUUUGCAUCUGUAUGCAAGGUUAUCAUUAAAGGAGACAUGGAAAGAGUGCCUGGUUACAUAGCUGUCGGAGGACUGUCUUGGGUUGAUGGGUAUUGUGAAUCUCAGCCUGUUGGAGCAGCCAAUCAAGGUAACACUCAAGUUCUACUCUUUUUACUGUGAAUAGGCAUUGGUGUAUUAUGAUGAUGUUAUUACAAAAGAAGCAACAUUUUUAAGUUUGCAAAACAUGUUUGGACAUUAUUCAAGUCAUCCUUAAUUGCAAAUGGUCGUUAUAUAAUUCGAAUUUACACUUUACAAAUAUGUCAUGGAAUUACAACGUAAGCUUAGUGAUGUCAAAACAUGUUUUUCAAAGUUAAAAGUGGUUUUGCCUUUAUGAUUAUUAUUUUUAUUAUGCUUAUUUUCUUAAUGAUAGUAUUAUAUCUCUGCAGCAUGUAGAAAAACACUGGUGGCGUCUUCUGGUUUUAUCUUAUCACCUUACUAUCCUGGGUUCUAUGCACCUAAUUCCAGUUGUAAUUGGCUAAUAACCGCGCCAGUUGGUCAUGUGAUACGUCUUGAGGUACUGGAUUUUCAACUGGAGCGUGACCCGCGAUGUGCUACUGACCACCUUGAGGUGACUGAUGGGAACACAGUGGGUGAAAAAAACUUGGGAAGAUACUGCGGAGAUGAAAUUCCGAAACUAAUGCAGUCCACAAAAAAUACACUGCACAUCGCGUUCAGGUCGGACAUGAGCGUCCAAAGAACAGGCUUUAAAAUACACUAUUCAUUUAAAGGUUUGUCAGAACACUUUAUUAUUUUAUGGUUAUUACAAACACAGUGUUUUUUCCAAUUCCGACCUUUCCUCGCACAUUGUGCAUAUUGUUAAAACUCUUCACUAAUAUGUUUAAACAUGAUCAGUUAGUUGCUAGGGUCCCAUAAGCGCAAUCCUGUCAAUUAUUUCAGUAUCUCAUACGUUGAGAUUUUAUUUUGUUGUUCGUAAACACAGAUUGAUCGUAUAACCACCGCCCGUCCCUCUUUUUUUCCUUCUCCACAGUACAAGCUGAGGAUAGUGCAUGUAGCAGCAAACGAGGUAAUAUCUAAUGUCAUCGGUAUAACUUUUUAAGCUGAGUAAAAACUUUGGUUUCUUUGGUUUCAUCGGCUAAGGAAGAUGCCUAUUUCUCAACUAUCUGUAGAGUUCAGUAUCUCUGCAUUACAGAAUGUUUAUGUGAAGACUCUUUAAUUGCAGAUUUCUCCUAUCUCAAAUAAUAAUUGCUUCUAAUCCUAUUUUAUUCACUUCAGAUUGCCCAUCAGGCUGUUCGUGCUUCCAGACAACUCUCGGAAAAUUUUUUGUCCAAGGUUUUGAUCUAAGAACUGUUCCGGGAAACAUGCCGUCCUACACAAAAGCCUUGUAAGUCUGUCAUACUUUUUUGACGCAUGCGUGAGAAAUGUCACAAGUUAUUGCACUAGUAGAUUGAAACUUCUGCAAAUAAAGCUGGUUGUUUUCAUGAAAACAUUUCAAAUUUCCUCUACCACAAGAAUUGUACGUAAAUUCGUGUUUACUAACAUUUCAGGCUCUUUGCAAACAACAGAAUUAACCUAAUUCAGGAGAAAGCUUUUUCAAAUUUGCCGCUGUUGGAGUAUAUGUAAGUCUCUAGAUCAUCUUUUUGAUUUUCAGCAUCGUUUUCGCAAGUCAAAAAGUUUUUUUGUGGACUUUUGACUCUUUAUGGCGAUAUAUUUCGACAAAUCUUAUCAAAACACGAUUACAUAGAUUUGUUAAAGACGUUCUUAUCAGACAUUGUAGGGACGACAGGACCGCUGUCACUUUUUUUAAUAAGUUUGACAUCAUACCAAUGUUAACAGUUAUCAUGGAAAAUCGUAAAGAUCGUGAUUAGUCUAGAAUAAGUCACAAGUAUCUUCUUUUUUAUCUUAGAGAUCUCAGUAGAAAUGUAAUUCUGAUGUUAGCUGAUUCUUCGUUUCAAGGAUGUCAGAAUUUAAAAACCAUGUAAGUUAAGCGGCUUUGAUUUGCGUUACACUUACACCCUAUGUAACUAAUAAACGUCCCCGCGUUACACAGAGAUUUCUUUGUUUCAGCACGUGAAGCUCGCAUGUUCGUCCUCAGGAGAAAUUGUGAUGUGUUUGCAAUGUUAGUGUACUUGGCGUUUAAAUCAGUAAAUCAAGUGUCCGUUGUUUUUACCGCAAGCCUGGUAUUGCCAAGCCAGACCCGAACUCUUUGAUAUACAUCGUACAUCCCUGUUAAAUCCUGGAUGUUUGAGAUUACCUUGAAAUCGUCAAGUUAUGGAAAUUUUCUCUAAUUCCUUGUUCUUACUUCCUUGUUAUAACUCCUCAGAAGACUGACUGGAAAUUUUGUCAGGAAAUUGUCUUUGAAUGUCUUUUCUCACCUUCACAAUCUAGAAGUCCUGUGAGUAUAUUUUUUAUAAACAUAUACAAGAAAAAGGGAAGAAACCUUUAUUACAACAACUAUACCUUAUAUACCUUAUAUGCAAGAUUUCCUCUCAGUGAUAUCUAUUAUAUUGUAUUUCUUCAAGUAUAACAUGCACAGCUGCUACUUAUUUGCAUUUUACUGUUUGCUAGUACGUACGUACGUACGUACGUACGACACUUUUUUCCAACUCUCCUUAUCUGUUUUUUCUAUGAUAGAAUGCUUUUAAUGUUAACCUCGUAAAAAUUUCUUGCGGAAAAACUAAGCAAUAAUUGUCAACAUAUUAUUUUUGAAAUUUAUCAUGAAUCACAGAGAUCUGGGAGAGAACCUCUUAACUGUGAUCCCGGAGGGAACAUUUUCUCACUUGCUCAAUCUUCGCGUGGUGUGAGUACAAUUACUAAUCGUAAAAUAUUGUUUUAGAGCAUGAGAAUACUGAUUGUCAGUUCAUACUGUCAUUAAACGGCUAGAUCAGAGCAUCUGAAUAUUGAAAACAUGAAAAGUGUAUCAACGUAGUUUUUAGUCUUCACUACCAUCUUCCCUCCAUUUGUUCGAGGAUAUUGGACAGUUUUAUAUAUAAGUUGUUUCUUUAUGAGAUGAGAGUAGCCAUUUGUCGCUGAAUAUCCUCAGUUUAAAACUUUUUACUUGGUCCUAUAGAUCUACCUGAAUUCAGUUGCUAUAUUUUGCCAAGCAAACACGUGUUUUUAAUUUCUCAACAGAAGUUUGAGGUCCAAUGAAAUAAGGUCUCUGGAGAUGGGAAUGUUUAGCCAGCGGAGUAAUUUAACAUAUCUGUAAGUUUCUUCUGAUCGCUUACCAAUUUAUCUUCACCCUAAUUCUUUCCAGAAGCCUUUUGCGAAGUCAUUGUUAGGUUGCAUAAUUCAUUGUCCUAUUUCAUAUCAUGGUCAUUAUUCGCUUCGAUUCGUUCAAAAAAUGCGAUCAAAAAUGUAUGAUUGAUCGAACGAUCUGAGAGAGUGCGCUGUUUCAUCAAAUCAAACUCGGUGACUUUGGUGUGCACAUUUCCUCAUAUCAAUUUGAUGACCACUCAGUUAAGCGACCACUCUGUAGACAACCACUCGUUUCUCAGUCAAAUACUGUUUCAAGCAUUUUCUUUAGUGCCAUAGCUCAAAUUUCUGGGGCGACUGCACCACCUUUGUGGUAAAACGUUUAACAAACUUCUUAGGGGAAAAUUCUCCAGAAAAACCGUACCUCUGGGGAAGCAUUUAUUUGUAUAGCUCAGAUGGCUUAAUUCCCUCUUAGGACAAUUUCCCUUGUGUAGUGCAUCUGGGAAGCGACCAUGUACGAGAUCAUGCGAAAUACGUGUACAAUACGUCCGUAUUUUUAACUUUUGGCAAAGUAACGUUUAAGAUUCUCAGCAAUUUAACCACCAACAUAUUUUAAAGUUCAAACAUAUAAGCAGUUCAACCAUUAGAUAUUUUUUCUCAUCAGAUAUCUUCAGGAUAACUUGAUUGAAGUAGUUCCGGACAAAUUAUUUAACAAUCUUGGAAACCUAAAAGUUCUGUAAGUAUCUUUUAACAUUGACAUACUUCUCAUCUCCCAUCUUAUGAAGAUUCUCACUAGUGAUGUUGUUAAGUAAUGGUAAUAGGACUGAGUGGAGUCCAAUUCGGUCUGUAAUCAUACGAGUGCUAACAAAAUCGGUCGACCGCGCAGCAGGAGUCCGAUUUGUUUAUCACCCGUAUCAUUACAAACCGAAUUGGACGACAUAUCCUCUCUUUCUCCAUUUCUUUGUUCUUCCAUAUACUUUCGUAUUUAAAAGGGAGUAGCAAAUGACCUGAUUGUGCAGUUAUAUGCAAUUGUAGUCAAAUCUUGAAACUAUUUCCAUUCUUUGUCUUAGCUACCUGAACAACAAUAAGAUAAAAAGGAUAUCAAUGCACACCUUUGAGGGAUUAAUGUCAUUACACACUCUGUGAGUAUAUGUGUGUGUACCUUGUCUCUUUCACGCUUUAGCAAGCUUAUUAAUACCGUAAGGUUACUCAUGAAAGCGUAGAAAUGAGAAUUGAUGGGAUUUGAAUAGAACUACCCUCAUUGUGACUUUUAAGGCUUUGCCACGAUCAACAACGUUUUUAUUUUUUACCUCAAUCCGUAGUCUGCGUAAAUAUCAGGGGGAAAAAACAUUUUUGUCAUCAUGGCUCAUUAACCUUUUUUGAACACGUGAGCCAUUCGACUUUGCAUUAUCUCAAAAUAUCUAAUAGAAUGUUUUCGUCGGGAUAAUUCAUCACGUCGGCGAUUGACGGUAUUCUUCUCUUGUCAUAUGAUUCAGGUAUCUAGACAAUAACAGGAUAGUGGACCUCCCUGCUGAAACUUUUCAUGCUUUGGGCAGUUUACGAAAACUGUAAGUGAUGUUAAAAAAACAUAUUUAUCCCUCAGUUAUGUAAUCAGAAAACUCAACAAAACUUUGAUGACCUUGGCGCAUCCUCGCCGAUUCCAGGGCUUGCGUAUAUUUUACCCACUCCUCGAAGGGUUCAUUAUUUCCCAAGGAGUAAAUAACAGAAGGAGUCCGUUUUAUUUUUGUUGGUAGUUUUAUGAUGAGACCAUGUAUCGAUUUUUUCUCAUAAGACAGCUCCAGAAGAGAAUCACAUGAUCGCAUCAGGGCCGUUCAUACGAGAAAAAUAUCUGUGGCUCACAUUAGAUGCAAACCCUUCCAUCUGACCGAUACAUUUCCACUUUAUUUUCCUCUCGUAAAAGGCCCCAGUGACUCUCUCUUGACUCAAUUUACUUCCAUUCAGCCUUUGAAUAGAAAAAUAUAACGAACGAUAAUGCAGUCUUCAGAAUCAUAAACAAAUUUUCUGGCUAAUCAAAUGAACUUUACUCUGUCACAUUUCUAGUUAAGUUAUAUGAUAACUAACAAUCGAGACCAAACAGCUUACAACGAUAAAUAUAACAGUUUUUUGCUGAUUGAAUGACAAAAAUAUGCUUCUACUGCCAAUGAUAACCCCCCCAACGUCAGAACGGCUAGUUUUUAUUAAUAGGUGAUAUCAUUAUGCGGGUAGGUGAUAUUAUUAUGGGGGUAGGUGAUAUUAUUAUGGGGGAAGCCUGCAGACUUGCAAUGAAGACAAAUACUGCUUUCUUUCAGCACCAUGGAUCAUUUCACCCACUGCUGUUAUGCUAUUAGAACAAUUCCUCAAUUACAGUGUGAUGCUCCUGCCGAUGGUUUCUCAAGCUGUGAUGACCUCAUGAAAAAUAAAACUCUCCAGAUAUUCAUAUGGAUUCUUGGAAUCUCAGCAUUCGCAGGGAAUUUGAUUGUGGUUCUUUGGAGAUGUUUCUUGAACGAAGAUAAUCGCGUUCACUCAUUCCUGCUAACAAAUUUAGCGAUAUCUGAUUUUCUUAUGGGGAUAUACUUAUUAAUAAUCGCCAUUAAAGACACUCAGUGGCAGGGAGUGUAUUUCAAACAUGACUUAUCCUGGAGGACAGGUAAACUGUGUCAGUUCGCCGGCGUGUUAUCCAUGGUUUCAAGUGAGGUGUCCGUGGCAAUGUUGACAAUUAUCACAGCCGAUCGACUCAUAUGCAUAGUAUUUUCAUUCAGAUUCAGGAGGCUUUCUUUCAAGCGUGCAUGUUUUUUGUGCACAGUUGUGUGGCUCUUAGGAAUCAUGAUAUCCACAGUGCCACUAAUGGGAAUUGAUUAUUUUAAUGACACGAAAAAAGGUGUAGGUUUUUAUGGUCGUUCAGCCGUGUGCCUUCCUCUCCAGUUGUCAUCUGACCGACCAGCAGGUUGGGAGUAUUCUGUGUCUUUCUUCAUCGCCUUUAAUUUCGUGGCUUUCAUGUUUAUGCUUGUUUCUUACAUUGCUAUGUUCGUUAAGGCAAAGAAAAUUGGCGGAGCCGUCAGAUCGACCAACGUUAGAAACGAGACUGCUAUGGCGACAAAAAUGAUGUUCAUAAUCCUCACAGACUUUUUCUGCUGGAUACCAGUCAUCAUAAUCGGAAUAUUAUCUUUAACAGGAAGACUGUAUGAUCCAAAGCAGCUUGUAUAUGUUUGGAUAGCAGUUUUUGUUCUUCCUGUGAAUUCCUCCAUCAAUCCUCUUCUUUACACAUUUUCUACAACCGCCUCCAGGAAAAAGUUGAAAACUCUGACGGGAACGAUGAGCUCAUUUGUAAGAAGAAUUCAUUCUUCAGGUGAGGCGAUUUCAUGAAUUCAAACGACUGUUUUCUGUUAUCGUUUUCUUCAUCUCAAUGUUCUGUGAUCAAAUGGAAACGUUUGGGGAUUUAGUGAACUUAGAUCGAAAUAAAGAUUAUUUCAUUGUUUCGUGUUUUUGGUUAAUAGCGUCCUCCCUGGUGACGAAAUCGUGAAGUUAAGGGACGAACUUUCUUUUCGAUAAAAGAAAGUUUAUCGGAAAACUCAGCUAUGAACUUUAGGGUUAACUCAAAUAUCCCUAUCAAGCACCCAUAUGAAGAAAAGAAAAACGCCUUUUGUUGAGAAAAUCAUCCUGAAUUGUGUAGACUACAGCAUGACAGUGGUUCACCUCAGUCGCAGAUAUGCACGAUGAAAGGGUUUUUUUCAGUGUUAAUGCUAAGUUUGAUUGGACUAUAAACGAUUGAAUGGGUUAAUGUAGAUCGGAAUUUAGAGAUUUUCGCGAAAUUUACUUUCGUUUGACACGAAAAACACGUCUCCUAUUUUCGAGAAAUAGAGUUAUGUAAAAAUGAGUUACAUUGCAUUACUUCACUUUUUAUAUGUCCAGACUUCUUACACAAAGUCUUGGUCUGGUUUCCGGAAACAAAUCUAAUCGAUUUUAACACGGUGCUAUUGGAAUCAAAUAGCAUCAAAAUACAUAUACAGUUGAGUUAUGAUUAAAAAUUUAAACUUCAUAAUAAUCCUUUCUACAGGAGGACGAGGGAGAUUAGAUACACACCUUGAUAUAACAUUGUCAACCGUGACUCCUAACUUGCCUGACAGAAAAACAGCCAUUGGAAAGACUGACGUGAAGAUUAUUGAAUUUUGUAACAUAUUUAAUGACUGCAGCUCCAAUCAGUCUAUGGUGAGUAUUUAACCUGACAUAUCCACAGCCAAGUGAACGCAUAUUUGUAUUUGUGAGAGCCUUGCCAGCUUGUUCUCCUAACAACAGAUUUAUACCCCAUUCACACCAAAGCUUGGUCUCUCAAAGUCCAACCCUACGUCCCCGUCUUGAGAGACUUGGAAUGUAAGAACUAUGUUCUAACGAGAAAGGACAAUUAUUGUUGUAAAUGAAAUGAAUAGAUACGGUCUGUCAAUUCUUGGACUUCGUAAAACAAGAUGAACAUCAUGUAGGGAAGUGAAAAUGGCAGAUGGCACUACCAUCCUACACUCAAGGAACCAAGACGACGGAGCUCCUCACACGAAAGGCGUUGCCUUCAUGAUAACACUAUAUGCGUAAAGCCAUGAUCUCUUCGGAACCAAUCAUCUCAAGACGUAUUACAGCCUACUUCAGGACCACACACAAGAAGAUAAGAUCAUGGAUAAUACAAUGCUAUGCACUAACAAAUGGUGCCGAGGAUGACGAUAAGGACAACUUGUACAACUUACUGAGGCAGGUGAUCAGCAAGUUAGAAGAGAAGGAUGUAGUCUUCAUCAUGGUUGAUCUCGACGCCAGUUAUGGAAGUAGCAGCAGAGGACAGGUGAACAGGCGAUGGGCAGUGUGGGAUAUGAACAAGAAUGGAGGACGAUUAGCAGAUUUCUGUGCUGAUUUCGGGAGGGUAAUAGGGGGAGAAUUUUUCCCCUCAAAAGUGCACAAACUCACUUGGGUCUCACCUAACAACACCGCAGAGAACCAAAUCGCAAAUGUGGAAGUGUGGGAGGAAGAACAUCUGCCUCAGGAAUGGUAUGGAAGCUACAUCGUGAAGCUCUACAAGAAAGGCAAUCUCCGGGACUGUAAAAACCAUCGAGGGAUGUCACUGAUGUUAGUAACUAGAAAGAUAUUUAACCGAAUAAUGUUAUUGCGACUCCAAGAAGCAGUUGAUGCCAAACUACGAGAUAAGCAGGCUGGAUUUAGGAGAGGAAGAUCUUGGACUGACCAAAUAGCUACAUUACGUAUUAUCAUCGAGCUGUCAAUCGGAUAGAAUACACCGCUAUAAAUUAACUACAAUGACUUUGAAAAUGGUUUCGAUGGCCUCGACAGAAAAUCUAUUUGGCGACUAACGAAACAUUAUGAGGGAAUCAACUCAUGGAAAGAGUAACGAUAUCCAAUGGACACUGUGGCAACAAACAGACAAAGUCGACUUUGCCGACGAUAUUGCUCUUCUCUCCACUACCAAAUAACAGAUGCGAGACAAGACGACUCUUUAAAAAAAAUGCCAGCAAGCUAGGACUACGACCAAAUGUAAUGAAAACCCAGAUAAUGAAGAGCAACUGCAACAACAAGACAUCUAUCACUAUCAGGGACAACACCUAGGAGGAUUCUUCAUCCCUUGUCUAAAUUGAGAUUACUGUGAGCAGAUAUGGUGGGACAGACAGGACAACAAAUGCCGGGUAAAUAAGGCAAGGAUAGUUUUUAACAUUCUGAAGAAAGUAUGUUCAGCCCACAGAAUGAGAAGAAAACACAAGCUGAGAAUAUUUAAUUCAAAUGUGGAGUCUGUUCUGCCCUACGGGUUCGAAACCUGGAGAGCGGCGAAGAAAGCCACCAAAAAUUACAGAAAUUCUUCAAUCAUUGUCUCAGACGCAUCUUAAAAGUCAGAUGGUCAGAUAGGAUAUCCAAUUAAGUGCUGGGGGAAAGAACAGGAAAAUAGCCAAUUGAAAAUCAGAUUUUCAAGAAAAAAUGGCAAUGGAAAGGGUAUACCCUAAGGGAGUCUGUAAACAACAUCACGAGGCAAGCAGUAAAAUGGAACCCACUAGGAAAAUAGGUCGCCCCAAGAUCACAUUUACAAGAGACAUAGAGUCAGACAUGAAAAGAUGGAACUACAUAUGGCACCAGCUGGAAAGGGCAGCCUCUGACAGAAGUAGAUGGAGGACGUAAAUCAUCAAUAGCCUACGCUCCACCAAGCCAAAAGUUAAACUAAAAGCACCAAAGUUUGGAAAUGUUUUAAAUCUGUUUCUUGAACUCGGCUUAAAUUUUUUUUUUUUACAAAAGCUGCCUAAACCAAGUUUGUUGACUUCAAAUUCAAGUUAGAGUCUACUUGAAACCUCUGAAAAAUUCAGUUUUUCAGUUCUCUCUUUUUGAUUUUCAUUCAUCUAAACCUGGUUUAACUAGACAUGUUCUGCUGGUGUAAAUGGGGUUUUAAAAUCCUGUAAGUUACAUUUAGUUACAAACCCUCAGGUUCAAAGUUUUCCGGCUAUCUUAGGUCUUAGCCGACUGCACUUUCAUAUGACUCAUAUGUAUACCAUCAGAUAUUGGUUAGAACUAACCAGUUAUAUAACCUUUGUGCACAGGGAUAUGCUACUUGCUGGGUGGAAAAAGACAGUUUGGAAAUGUGCCUUUUGAAGUACUUUAAAAGAUCCAAAGAGAAAGACUGGAAAAACGAAAUUGAAAUUUUAAGAGAAAUAGCUAAAAAUGGUGCACAUGACAACCUGAUUGCAUUCCGCUGGCAUUCCGAAGGUAGGUCCAUUUUGAUAUCAUUAUUAGCUCGUUGGAAAUUAAAUAAGGCGAUGCAAUUGUUGUGCUAUUUUUUCAUUUCAGUGAGUGAUGUCAACAUUGGUUUUCAAACGACCAAGCUACCAUCCAUAAAGAACGCUAACUUGUAAGUAGUAAAUUAAACUGCCCAAAACUUUUCUAAAUUGUUUGAAACUAUAAUUCCUCGAAGCAAACCAAAGGUCGAAAAAAGAAAAUCAAAAGAAAAAAAAAUUGGUCCUUUUUGAAAUUAAGAAGUUUAUAUGCUAGAAGCUAUCACUGAGCCAAAAAUGUCUUAAAGCUGGCUUUAGCUAUUUCAAAAUUAACAGCAGGUUUUCCGUUGUAGGUUAAUUUGCUAUGCCUUUGUGUCAAGCACCUCGUUGAGCGAUUUCCUUGAGGAAGGUGUUGGAAGAUGUGAACCAAGUAUUACCCAACUACUGAUUGUACUUUUAGAUGUUGUCAAGGCUGUUGAACACCUUCACAAAACAGGAAUCUGUCAUAAUAAUAUUUCUCCGUCCAACGUACUCGUUUCCUUCAACGAAGGGGUAAGCUUACCUUAGCUACGCAAGUCGAUAAGAUACAAGCCGAAGUUGAUUCGAUACACCUAGAAAGUCCUUUGGAUACAACUACAGUCAUUUCGAUACAAUUUAGUAACGGAGUAAUUGGAUUUUUCAUGAGACUUCCGUUUUGUUUACACCGUAAUGAAGCGGUAUCAGCAUGCCAAUCUGCUCAUUUCUUAGAAACCUACUUAAUAGUAACCCAUACUCAUUUGACACUGUUCAUGUCACGGUUCUACAUGAUUUGACGCGUUGGCGGGCGGCCUCUACCUCUGAUUGCAUCAGUGAGCACAUUUGAUCAAUAAACUUAUUCGUCAUGCACUUUCAUACCUAAGAGAUGAUGUAUUCAGUGAAUGACACAGAUAUAAUCGGAGGAAGAAACCUUCGAGUGCUCCCAAUAGGAGUCGAAGCAAGGACCAUCCGGUUGGUUCUUCAGAUGCUCUACCACUGAGCUAUAGGAGACUCAUGGCAGGCUAAGCCAUUUAGCUAGGUCCAUGGUGACAAACUUACUGCCCACUGCUAGGAUGGAAAUGUUAAAUGUAAUGCUUUUGCGCAAUGAUGAUGAAAAUGGAAUUAGUGAAUAUUAAGCCUCGGUCCCUUUACAAGCACUGGACACUUCUCACGUUGUCUUAACGCAAACUUCCUCUGACUUUUAGGUUCGACCAGUGAAAGGAGUACUUGGAAACUUUGGACGAGCCUUUUUGCUUAAACAAAAUGACAACUCUUCCUUUUUGCGCCAAGAAGAUCUUCGACAAUUUCGCAAAUUGAUGGAAACAGUUGUUGGUUACAGAAAUUUUGCACGGAAAACAAAUGAGGUAAGUAUAGCAAUUACUAAACAAAGAAUCGAAAGUAUCUCAUUGUUGAUGGAAAAAUGUUCUCACUUUUCAUUGGGGAAUUGUAGAUCAAGGAGAUUCUUGCACUGUGCAAGGGCAACGAGGACGACACACGAGACGCCACACAUAUCCGGGAAACACUUCAAAGAAUAAGUAGCUCCCUAAAGGAAAGUGCGAGGUUCUAA